AGGCGUGUAUAUAGCUGGACAGACUUUUUAACAUAUUUGGUACAUAUAAAAGUAAAACUUAAUAAAAUGUCACACCAAGGAGCUGCGUUGCAAAGCUACAACAAUGAACUUGUAAAAUGCAUUGAAGAUCUGUGUGCUAAACGUGAUGACCUACACAGACAAGCUCUUCAGGAAGAAGAGGAAAAAAACAAGCUCCAAAACGACAUCAGAGUUCUUACAGAGCGGUUAGCAAAAGUUAACGAAAGUUUAGCAAGAAAAAUGGCAGCUCGUAAUGAGUUUGAUAAAACAAUUGCUGAAACAGAAUCAGCAUACAUGAAGAUUUUAGAAACUUCACAGACUCUUCUUAACUCUGUGAAAGGAAGCAUACACCACAUGGAUGGCGGGAAAGGACAUAAAAUGGAAUAUGGUGCAAAAUAAUCACGGAAAUAGCUAAAUUGUUUGUUUCUCUUUCCUGUCUUACUCUUUAGAAUAUGUAUUAUUGAUGUGUAUAUUUCCUAUGUGAUUUUCUUUCAUUUUUUCUAUAAAGAAUUGUUACGCUGCACUAGAAGCGCAUACAUAACGUUCCAAUUUGUAUUUUAUUGUUCAUAAAUUAACAAAUUUUCCAUAUAUUUCGUGUGUACAAAUUCAAACCUGUAAAAUAUCAAAUGUCUUACUGCUUGGUGGGCAAAUGUAUGUUAUUUACACAAAAACUGUAAAAGUUAAUCUUUUCAUUCAAUUCAAUUCAAUUUACUGAAGUCCUAAAUUAUACAUAUCUGUCUUUUUUUGCUUUGUA